GCGUGUCUAUCACUCUCUACUAAAAAUAAUUUAAAAUUAAAAAAAUACCACCGAUCGGGUAUGACCGUUUUUUCACUAAAAUAUUUCCCCCCAUCUUCCAAUAUAUGUCAUAAUCAACGCUUAGGGUAAAAUUUACCCCUUUCCCUCCAAAAAUAAGAACCCUAACAGUGCUAUUGUCUUCUUCCCUUGCAAAAUUGAAGUGAAAAACGAGUUUUAAAUGAACAAGUGAAGUGUGACAGGUUAGGGUUUUCCUUUUAUUGUUUAAAGUUGACAUUUUUUUUUUUGUUGCAUCCCAUGAUCUGUUGCUAAAUACGGAUUUUUUUUUUUUUUUUUGUUGCUAAAACGUGUUUUUUUGUUGUCACCUACUGAUUACGUUGUGAUCUGUUUAGUUUGAUUUUUUUGUUAGUGUGUUUGUAAUUUUUUGGUUGUUUUGCUAUAUUUCAGGGUGUUAUAACGUGUCUUUUAUAUUAGUGACUUUGAGAUUUUACCAUGGGGGUAAAAUUGAUUUUGAUGCCCGACCAGAAUAUGUGGGUGGGUCUAUUACAGAAUUUUUGGAGCAUGACACUGAUAUGAUGUCCUAUUUUGAACUAAGAGACUUGAUAAAAGAUUUAGGAUAUACAACAAGUUGUGCUUUUUAUGUUAAGGUCGAUGGUUAUUAAUUGAAGCUGUAAGUGAUACGGUUAUUUGUAACAUUGUCUCUUUGUUAAAAAAUGGGGAUGUGCUCGAGAUUUUUGUGUCACACGAGGUAAAUGAACCCUAUGUUGCCUCAGUGGCUUUAGAGUUUGUCCCCCAAAGUGGUGGUGUUGGGGUCUUUGAGGAAUCUUCAAUCCCCACUUUAAAUGACCCUCCUAACCCUAUUGUUCAGCCUCCAAACCCUUUAAAUGAGCCUCCAAACCCAAACGUUGAAACAUCAAACAAUCCUAACCAUACUGUUGAGUCUCAAAACACUUGUGAGGUUAAAGUAGAUGAGGACACAGGUGUAAAUGAUGUAGAUGUUGGAUCUGAUGAUGAUAGCAUAGAGGAUUUAGGGUUUUUAGAUGACAGUGAUGUUCAUGAAGAGUGUAGAGAGUUUAGGUCAAAUAGAAGACAUUUUAAUAGGGCACAUAGGAGACCCAGAGCUACUAAUCCUAACCAAAUUCCUGUAAAACCAAAGGGGCCAGAUAUGGGGUAUGAUGAGACUAAUGUUGGGAGCAAGAAUAACUUAGAUGGUAUGCUAGGUGGUGAUGAACCUUAUUACGAUAGUGAUGAAGCUCCUAGCUUUGAAUUAGAUGAUGAAACAGGAUGGGGUGAUGAGGAAGAGGUUGAACAAGUUGUGAAGAAACCUCUAAGAAGAAAAGUGACCAAAAAUAGAGUUGUUUUUGACAAAAGCUGUAAGAAGGUGAAUAUUGAAGCUAUGAAGAUGCUUGGAGAGGAUGGUUUGCAUGCUCUCAUGUACUACAACAUUGAUAGAUGGUGCAAAAGGUUCUUCAAAGAGCACAGCAAGGUAGAUUCAGUUGACAAUAACAUGGCUGAAAGUUUUAACAACUGGAUAUUGGCUGCAAGAUUCAAAACAAUUAUAACAAUGUUGGAAGAGAUUAGAGUAAAAAUGAUGAGAAGAAUCGGUGAAUUAAGACAGUUUUCAAACACUUGGAUCACUGAUAUUUCUCCCAUGGCUUUCAAGAUUUUACAAGAAAACAUUGACAAGUCAAUGAAGUGUUCCUUGUCUUGGAAUGGUGAAAGGGGUUUUGAAGUUAGAGAUCCAUGGGGCUGUACCCAUACUGUUGACAUCCAGAGGCAGACUUGUAGUUGUAGAUCUCGGCAGCUUAGAGGCAUACCUUGUGCUCAUGCAGUUGCUGCAAUACAUCACAAGAGAUUACAUCCAAUUCAUUUUGUGGCAAGCUGCUACAAAAAGGAAACCUAUCUGAGCACGUAUGCUCAUUUUGUUCAGCCAAUGAACAAUAUGAAGAUGUGGCCAACUUCUAAUAAUCCAAGAGUAGAGCCACCAGUAAUCAGACAGCUUCCUGGAAGGCCACCAAAAUCAAGAAGGAAGGAGGUCUAUGAAAGUAGAAAAACAGGACUGAUCAGCAAAAGGGGUACUGUUUUGACUUGUAGCACUUGUCAUGCAAAGGGACACAAUAAAAGAGGAUGUCCAAUAGUUCCAAGGCAAACCACAGAAACAGCAGAUCAAAUAGUAGAGCAAGCACAGGCUAGAACAAACAGAGGAAGGGCAAACAAAAGAAGGAUAGAACAGGAAGCUGCAAGUUGUGGAAGGGUCAAUGCUAGUGGUGGUGCAACAUAUCAAAGUCAAGAAACUCAAGGAACAACUAGUGGACAUACUUCACAACCUUAUAAAAGGCCAAGAAUUGUGGGAGUUGGAAGAUUGGUGGCUGAUGAUGGAUUUACUACACUCAAUCAUGGAAUGCCAAGUAGAAGAGCUCCAAUGAGGUCUGAUGUUGUUACUGGAGAUAUUGGCUACACACCUAAAACCAGGAUUCAAGUGGAGGGGCAAACAAGCCAUGACAAGUAAUACACUUGACAAAAUUAGGGGUGAAAGAAUCAUCAAAGGAAGGUCAAAAGCUGCUGCCAUGAAUCAAAGCAAAUGUAGUACAUCUAAAAAACCAUGGUUAGUUGGUUUAGUUGUUUUGCUACUGUUUUUGUUGGGUUGCUAUUAGUGAAAAACCAUGGAAAUAGUUGGUUUAGUUAUUCAUAUUUUUGGUUAUGUAUUAAGUGGCAAAACCCUUACUUGUAGCAUUUUAUGCAACAGUUUUUUGGCUACUGUGCUGUUUUUGUACAGUUAUUGUGCUGUUUUUGUGCGACAAUUAAUGCAGGUAAUGAUAUUCAGCUUA